CUUGAAUUCAAAAGUCUAUAUCCUUACUAUUGCAUUGUUAAUCUAAUUCAAGAAAGCUUCAAAAUAUUUCUAUCUUAUAUCACACUAGUCUUCUACUUUCAUCUCUACAAAUUUAUCCCAUUUUUGUUCACACUUUUCAUACAUUCAGCCUCUUAGCAUGGCGGCUUAUGCAUCUCUGAUUUCUCUUAUGAGAGUGAUAGACGAUAUUGAAACUCAUCCAUCCCCUCCAAUUUCUCUCGAUAAACAACAAGUUGAAUCUCUCACUAAUAAACUUGUCUUUUUGCAGGAAUUCCUCGAAAGUUAUAACUCUCCUUUUGCAUACAGCAACGAAGCAGAUCCUUUGGAGAUGCGCAUUGUAGAUGCAGCUCAUGCGGCUGAAGAUGUGAUUGAGUCAUAUAUAAUUGACACUAUUCACCUUUCUGCAGCCACAGCUGCGAAUGGCGGUGGCGGUGAUGAACAAAUCAAUUGCAUCAACUUCUAUAGCGAUAUGCAAAAUGUGAUAGAAGAAAUUGAUUUGAUCACAAAAGAGGCGCCUUUGAUAACGAGGGAGAAGGAAGAGAACAAGAGGAUGGUGGGUGUUUAUGGGAAGUGAGGGUAGUCGGGUAGUAGUCACAACUAGGAUGUCGAAUUUGGCUGCCCAUUUGACUACUUCCUAUGGCCUUUUUAAAAUGAGAUUUCUGGACGAGGAAUUUGCAUCUCCGAGCAUCAACAAUGAUAUUAUUAUCAUGGAGAAUCUCGAAGUGCUCAAAGGAGUGGAUGAUCCCAGUAUAAGUGAAGAUGUUGUUAAAAGAAUUCCCAAUAUCAAGAAACUGCAAAUGGUAUGCAAUGCAGAACUACUUGAGAGAGUGAGUUAUGCCAGCUAUCUUGAAUGUUUUAGUAAACUGGAAUCCUUGAAGCUCUCGGUUGCCUACUCGAGGGGGAAAAAGGAUCUGCUGAAGAUGAGUUUUCCACCCUCCCUUAAGAAGUUAAAUCUUUGUAUCCCAAUUACUUCUGAAUGGGAAGACAUACUACCAACGAUAGGUUCCUUACCACUUCUUCAGGAGCUCAUAUUAAAUUAUGGUCGAUUGAGAACACGCAAGUGGGAAACAAUUGAAGUGAUGUUGUCAGCUAAACGGAUCUUAGACGAGCAAGAAGAAUUACAUGGAGACCAACCAGACCUUCAUGUAAGUGUUGCAGUUUCAAAAUUUGAUGAAGAUGAAGCUAAAGCGGUGCAAGAGUUGGCAAGUUCCAACUUUAAGGUUACUAUUAAGUAAAUAGUUCUAUACGUUGAUUGCCCUCUUUUUGUGUUUAUCCCCUAAGUUAGUCAAGUCUUUUUUCGUGUUGAUAUUUGUUUGUGAACUUAAAUUGAUCAGUUUUCAUUUAUCAUUCUACGGAUUUGGAAUUGCUUUGAUACAUGACAGUUUUUGAAGCAGAAAAAAAUGCAGCUUGUUUAUGUCA